CAGUCAAUCUGACAUCGUCUAUAAAUUGAACUAAAUUGAAAAUGUAGGUCUUAGUGUCACAUGGUUGUAAUAUUCCACUCCACUGUCAAUGAAAUUGAAGUAUUUUUUCUCCAUUUACUAGCUCUCGAAAACCCUUCAAGGGUUUUUAGUGGGUACGGUUGGCUGGGUGUGAACUACAAUUCCAACACUGUUUUAACAUUUAGAAACACGCUGUGUGUGCCUCCAGUUGAUGAACUCCACUUCAUCCCCAUGUACAGGUGACUGGAGGCCUUGCAAUCAUAGCUAGAUGAAGACAAGUGAAGAUGGCGGACGUGUUGAGUGUUCUUCGCCUGUACAACAUCCAGAAAAAAGAAAUCGUCGCCAAAGGAGACGAAGUUAUCUUUGGAGAGUUCUCUUGGCCUAAAAAUGUCAAGACUAACUAUGUCAUUUGGGGAACUGGGAAGGAGGGUCAGCCGAAGGAGUACUAUACUCUGGACUCCAUCCUGUUCCUGCUCAACAAUGUGCAUCUCCCUCAUCCAUCCUAUGUCCGAAGGGCUGCAACCGAAAACAUUCCAGUUGUCAGAAGACCUGAUCGAAAGGGCUUGCUUUCGUAUCUCAAUGGAGAAAGUUCUACUUCAACAAGUAUCGACAGAAGUGCCCCUAUAGAGAUUGGUUUGCAAAGGCCAACACAAGUCAAACGAGCAGCAGACGAGGUGUCAUCUGAAGCCAAAAAACCAAGGAUAGAGGAUGAGGAACGAGUGCGUCUGGACAAGGAGCGUUUGGCUGCUCGACUGGAGGGCCACAAAGAGGGCAUUGUGCAAACUGACCAGAUCAGGUCACUGUCUGAGGCUAUGUCGGUGGAGAAGAUCGCCGCCAUCAAAGCCAAGAUCAUGGCAAAGAAGCGCUCCACCAUUAAGACAGACCUGGAUGAGGACAUCACCCUGAAGCAGAGGAGCUUUGUGGAUGCUGAGGUGGACGUGACCAGGGACAUUGUCAGCAGGGAGCGGGUGUGGAGGACCAGGACCACCAUCCUACAGAGCACUGGAAAGAACUUCUCCAAAAACAUCUUUGCCAUCCUGCAAUCGGUGAAGGCCAGGGAGGAGGGGCGCGCCCCUGAGCAGAGGCCAGCACAGAACACCACUCUGGUGGACCAGUCCAUAAGGAACAAGCAACCUGUCCCAGCUGCCUAUAACCGAUACGAUCAGGAGAGAUUCAAAGGAAAAGAGGAAACGGAGGGAUUCAAGAUUGACACCAUGGGCACCUACCACGGCAUGACUCUGAAAUCUGUAACGGAGGGAGCGUCUGCCAGGAAGGCCCAGACACCAGCCCUGCAGCCCGUCCCCAGACCAGUUUCCCAAGCCAGACCCCCACCAAAUCAAAAGAAGGGCUCUCGGACUCCCAUCGUAAUCAUCCCGGCGGCCACCACAUCCCUCAUCACCAUGCUCAAUGCAAAGGACCUACUGCAGGACCUCAAGUUUGUGACACCAGAGGAGAAGAAGAAGCAGGGCAUCCAGCGGGACAACGAGGUGCUGCUCCAGAGACGCAAGGACCAGAUCCAGCCCGGGGGGGCGACGCUCAGCGUCACCGUGCCCUACAGGGUCAUCGACCAGCCCCUAAAACUAGCUCCGCAGGACUGGGAUCGCGUGGUGGCCGUGUUCGUGCAAGGCCCUGCCUGGCAGUUCAAGGGCUGGCCUUGGCUGCUACCUGACGGAUCUCCUGUGGACAUUUUCGCUAAAAUCCGAGCCUUCCAUCUGAAGUAUGACGAGCAGAAGAUGGACCCCAAUGUGCAGAAGUGGGACGUGACCGUGCUGGAGCUGAGCCACCACAAGCGCCAUCUCGACCGGCCCAUGUUCCUGAAGUUCUGGGAGACCCUCGACAGAUACAUGGUGAAACACAAGUCGCACCUGAGGUUCUGAGCCUAGACCGUGGCCUCCUUCCUCCACAGGUCCCGUCAAGGCAUUUAUAAACUCCCGCCCCAAACCUAGCCCUCCUCCUCCCCACCAGGACUACCACUAGAAGAGAAAGGAGACACACGGGCCCACAACACCCCCCCACCAGCACUUUGGGGAUCCAGAAUAGACCCACGUGUUCAGAUUGUCAUUCAGGAAAAUACUUUCUACCUGGUCUUCAUGGUUUCCAUAGAUAGAAGCAGCAGAUACAGUACGUCUGGACAUUGGGAAGGGGAGGUUGGAGCGUCCCAUGUUUUUCAAGUUCCUAUGUACAAUAUAAAACAAUAUACCAAAACUAUAUAUUUUCUAACAGUAUAGCGUUUUACUGUGGAGACAGAUUGAAGAGUGAGAGAAAGCGAAAGGGGGAUGGAUAGAUGGAGGUGGAAAACAACUUCCCAUACUAUUUCCUUUGUGAAAUGAAUCUUGUAAAUUCCAUGUGAAACAUGAACUGGAUAAGAAGCCCUUUGGAUCACUGCUGGCAAUAAGGGAUACGAGACCUCUGUCAGUUUCAUUUUCUGAUGUUUUUACUUCCUUACGAUAGGAACAUUUGUCUCUACUUUUUUACUAAGUGCUUCCGAAAUGGCACCCUAUUUCCUAAAUAGUGCACUACAGUGCUCUAUGAAGGGAAUAGAGUGCAAUUUGGGACAGAAUCCUAGUUUGAAAGCGCAUAGGUAUGCAGUCUUAUAGCCAAGGAGCAUCUGAGUGACGUGCCAUGCGAUCCAAAUGUAUAUAUGAUGAUAUAUGCCAGACUUUGAAGAUCAAAGAAGCUAGGUAUCAUAUUCUUGAUGCAUAACAAAGCUAAUGAUUCAGCGAUAGAUGGGUUCAAAUGUUCGACAGUAAAUUCCAAUAUUUGCGGCUUUUCUUCUUUUUUUUUGCAACUGCGCACUACUUUGGUCACUACAUGACGAUGUAAAGAUUUUUAGUUGGUGUUGUGCAAAUGAAAGGAAUGAUGGACAUUGCUUUAUUUGAUGUGUUCACAAUGCAAAUGGUUAAUAAAAGUUGGUAGACGGAAAGUGUAUCGUCUGUGUUCCAGUUUAAA